AUGGACUCGCAAAGCAAGGACCAAGGCCAGAAUAACGAACAGCAGAUUCCCCGAACGCCACCACGACGUAUUGUCUCAGGGCUACAGGGCCUGAACUUAGUCUACGCUCCCCAGCCUGCGACCUCGAGUGCUAAUAUGGAGCAACAACCGCCCCAAGCGUCACAUGAACGUAUCCUCCCCGGACUUGGGAGCUUGAGCUUAGACUCGCCGUCCCAGCAGAAGGCGUCUGAGAGCCCCAAAAAGACCAAGCGGGAGCCUUAUCAUGUUCCUGGCUUCAUUGUAGAAGACUACAGUGAUGGCGAGCAAGAGACUCGAAAAAAGGCAGCAACAACAAAGGAGCCUACCGACCCUUUGGCCUUCUUCACUGAAUCUCUUGGUCGCCAGCGAGAGGGCGAGUCUAACAAACCAAUAGGCCAUGAUAGCGAUGACGAGCUUGAUCGGAUUCUAUUCGGAGGAACACCACCCAAGCCCAAGGAAAGUCGUCAGAACGUGCCACGCCAAAGCACGCCCCCAAGUGGAUACGACUUUGAUAUCGACCUUUUGGCCGAGCAAGCAGCCCCUGACGGUGUAGAAGUGCGGCGGGACGCCCAGGAGUCGCGUCAAGCCACAUGCCCAGGUGGGUAUGAAACUCCUGUGGACUCUAACCCUUCCGGCCAGGCCCAGGGAGAAGUUUUUGGCGACGUGGAAAUGAGCGAGGACGACCAGCAACCUCGUCAAAGCACACCUUCAAGCGGACAUGUAGAUCCUGCGUGCUUCGACACCUCGGUUUAUACGCAGCUUGCACCUCCUGACGAUGUGCAAAUGAGCGAAGGCGAAAGCCAGGAUUGCCGGCAGCAGGUUCCGCAAAACCCAGCACCGGCUGGCUUCUCGGCUGCCCAAGGUUUCAAUGGGGUUUUUCAAAACCUCUCGCAGAGCGACCAUUCGUAUCCCCCGUCGCUAAACGGCGCCUUUCUGGCUCAGCAAGCAACCUCCGUCGAAAUAACAAUGGGCGAGAGCGAAAGUCAGCAUCCCAGGCAGGUUCUUCAAAGCCCAUACCCGCCUGUCGUGUCACAGCCUCCGAAUUUUACGACCGUGCCCCUGUUCCAGCCUGCUCCUAACAUCGGAGUACAAUUUAAUGCUUGCACUCAGACAACUGGGGCCCUGGACACAAAUCAGGGUCAGGCUGUUGGACUGCAAACAUUGCCGUUGUCGCUUGCUAACCCGCCGCUCCCUCCAGUCUCGCCUUUCGACAACGGUAAUCCUUAUUGCCCUGGAUUCGACAUUAGCCGGCCGUUCGUCUCUGCGUACGCGAAACCCGCGCCUCCCAAGCCCGAGUCCCAGCCCCUGGCAAUCCCAAUAUCCAAGCCGAAGCCCAAGUUCGUGCCAGCACGGCCCAGCUGGCAAAACCAUUCGGUCUAUGGAUAUCUCGGUGGUGGUUUCAGUGCUGCAUUUCCAAAGGAAGCUAGCACGGACGCAUCGCGUAACGUCGUAUCGGCGUCACAGCCGCUCGUGCCGACCCCGGACUCUGAUCCCCAAAGCGACGAAUCAAAACGCCAACAAGGAUGUGACGGAGACACUGUUGUGUCUGGCAAGACACAAAAGCUCUCUCCGGUCAAGCGGAAGAUCGAUGAGGUUGAGGAUCCAAUGCAGAACGAGAUCGACACAGGGCGGGCAAGUCGAUCCCCAUUGGUGGAGCUCAAGCUGGCGAAUACCGUCUCUCUUGGAACUGUUGCGAAGUGUGCUUGUCAGCUUUCAGGGUCUGAAGGAUCUAAAGCCGACGCAGGAGAUUUUGUGAUGCAGCCAAUACCCGGAAGCUGGCCGCGUACCCCAACGCGUCCAUCUCCCAUCAAUCACGAUCUCUCCAAGGAAGCUUCUGGCAAUGAGUCCGGCGUAUGUGCCAAGUGCAAACAUGGCAAUGCCAUGUCGAGUUCGUCCUUUGUGCCCUCGCCAAUUCCUGCACAAAAUCAACCAACCUGGGUGGUGUACGCCAAGAGAAUCCUCGGAACCGUCAAACGCCAGGUCAGCGAAUUCUGCAAAGCCUGCCCCCCGGCUCGCAAAUUCAUGACCUGGUGCGAAUACAGAAAGAGACAGCGAGAGGAGCAACGGAACCAGCGCCAAUCCCAAGUUCCAGUUGUUCACGUAACCCCGGCCUCGCUCCCAACGGUUACACCACCCGGUGUUGUCACGCCGCCGACUCAUGUCUCGAGUCGUCGAUCUACCGAGCCGCGUCCAACGAGCAAGGCUGUCCGAAAGGACAAGGUGCCGUCCCAGCGUGCCAAAUCCAAAGAUUCCGUCCAGGGAAUCUCCAGCGGACGCGUCACGAAAAGCGAAGCUAGUUGGAGAGGUAGAUCGAUCCAGAGCACCAGCGAGCCCGGCCCUAGGCGCCAGCCAAACAACCGAACACCCUUUAGGGGCUUCGGUCGGUCUAGGGCAGCGAGAGAGCAGGUGCGUCAAGAGCUCGAGACAAAGAUGGCGGCAUGGUUUACUUCGUCCCCCCGCCCGAAUCUUCCAUCUCUCCAGGAAGAGAUGUUGCCAGUUCAGCCUGAGACACCGGCCAGAACCCCUCUGACUAUUGUCGAGGCCCAAGGUGUUGCCUCUGCUGAACCAACAGCAAUAUCUCAACCUGCGUCUCCCGUCGCCGAGCCGGUCCGCCCCAGUGAAGAACCGCGGACCAAACAGAAGUCUGUCCAUUGGUUGCCAUCCACGACCCCGCGUGGACGUCCAAUCUCGUCAGUCAGGGUUUUUGACCCACAGGCUUCUGUUUUCUCGGUGGCAGCCAAAAGGGAAGAUUCGAAACGCCCAGCCGGUCGACCAACCCCCCGAAUCCGUCAAGGCCCGAUCAUCCGACCACUCCCGGCCAAGUGGGAAUCGAAAGUCGAUACGGCACUGUCCCAACCCGACAGUCGUCAGCUCGGCACCACACUCAGUGGAGAUGCCCUGACACGCCGUGACUUUGCGACGUGCGCAACACCGUUGGCUUGGCUCAACGAUGAAAUCAUCAAUGCGUACCUCGCAUUAAUUAUCGACUACGCUCGUCGGUCAUCGGGUAAUUUGGGAAGGCACCACCAGCCAAAGCACCACGCCUUCAAUACCUUUUUCUACUCUAGCCUUCGUGACAAAGGCUACGAAUCCGUACGGCGUUGGGCAUCUCGUGCCAAAAUUGGGGGUCCAGCAUUGUUGAGAGUGGAGUCAGUUUUCGUGCCCAUUCAUAACCAUGCGCAUUGGACUCUCAUGGUGGUCAAACCGGCUGUUCGAACGAUCGAACAUUUUGAUUCCCUCGGCGGCAGCUCUUCCGCCUACGUCGCCAAGAUCAAAGAGUGGCUCCGAGGUGAAUUGGGCAAUCUCUUCGUCGAAGAAGAGUGGCGGGUUCUCCCAUCGACCUCCCCGCAGCAGAAUAACGGCAGCGACUGCGGUGUGUUCCUUUUGACGACCGCCAAGUUGGUGGCGUUAGAGCAGCCCCUGUCGUACGGGCCAAGGGACAUACCCGCGAUCCGCAAGAGGAUAGUUGCCGAGCUGAUGAACGGGGGUCUAGAUGGAGAUUUCGACCCGAAACGAGAGUUCGAUGUUAGAUCGUUGCUGUAAUGGCUUCGUGAUAGCACGGCUCUCUCCUCGCCAAUUUGAUUUCGGGUUGGAUGGGAUGAGGUUAAACCAUAAGAGCGGUAUGUGCAGUCAAAUUCUAACUUUUCUAACAGGGGAAUGAGGGAUCAGUUCUGUAUAUAGCGUUCGUUCCGGGCGUCGUUGGGCAACCUGCGAUGUUUCUGGGAUGUUACUCCUUUUUUUUUUUUCCAGUCCCAUGUAAUACGCCUGCCGGACCUGCUCACAGGGUAACCUGCUGUAGUAUUGGGCUGGGGGUGUUUCGCUUUUGUUUAUAGUAAUUCGCUCAUCUUGUCCGCCUGGCUGGGGUAACCUGGCUCAGUUGACGGUGAGAAGCGUCUUACGCAUUGCAAUGCGCCCUCGUUGGCUGCUGGCGGUUUUAUUUCGUUGUUGUCUCUUCGCAAAGUCAUGUAGUCCCUCAUUCCCCUGUUCACGAUGCACUUACUUGCUCUCAAGGUCGAACUCGCUGGCAGUAUUACGGACAACCACCGGCAAAAUCAAAAGGAUCGAUCGAUCUCGAAAGGGUCUCUCUCUGUGGCGGGCAGAAACAGAUAUUAGCUGGGCAUUAUUCGCUGACUUCGCGCAUCUUCCAAAAUCGAUAACAACGGGACUUCUCUGGCGUUGAUUCGGUGUUUCGACGAUGACUCUUUUACCCUGACUUUAUAUUUCCCUCCGUCGGACGCUGAAAACUUGACAUGAGCUUGGGUUGGGGCUCUUAAAUAUUUAUUUCGAACAGGCGUCCAGUCGGCUUGUACCUCCAUUUUGGCAUAUGAUAAUGGCGUUUUGCGGCUUUACUACAACUUUUGAUACAAAAAGACCUGGUCUUGGGUGGUUUACUUGGAGUUCAUGAACGAUAAGGUUUGGAUCUGGUGUUUGGUUUGCUGGGAUUGUGCUAUAAUGAGUGUCUGCUUCUGUUGUUUUUUGACUGGUUUUGCAUUCUGGCAUAGCUUGGUGCUUUGGUUGGGGCUUUUUUACUUGAAGAGCAUUUACGGAUGGAUACCCCCCUUUUUGCCUACCUUCUGCGUUGUCUUAUUUUGCGAAGGGUUCGGUUGAAUUGCUUGAAAUGAUCGAACUGAAAGGAAUGGUUUGGGAAGCCCGUCGCAUCUUUGGUACUUGGGAAUGUUCAAGGGGC